AUGAGUAUGGCUUAUUUGUGUCUCUUUAACAUUUCAGAAGAAGACGAAGUUGUUGUCAGUGUUACUGGUGAUGUGGAGGACAAUGCUUUCACUGGAAUCAAGGGAGGUGAUGGAAAUCUUAUUUGCGCUGCAAGAAAUCGCACAAGCGCACAAGAAUUAACACCUGAGGAGGUCACAUAUGGUUGGGAGUUUGAAAUCAACGGUCAGUGGCAUGUGCUGGAAAGAGUAUCAGGUGAUGUGGCCUCAAAAAUUGCCCAAUCUACGGAUCCAAACAACCCACAGGCUGUCUUGCUUCAAUUGAAGGGGCUGAGCGGUGUUACUAAAUGGACAAGAGCACGCUGCAGUGUUGUAACGAAAGAUAAGCCAUCUGAAAAGACCUUCUACUCCACUCCAUUCACCUCGGGUAAAGCGUUCGAUCCAAGUACUACUGAUGGACAAUUUGUAGUCGACCCUGACGUAUCCGUUCGUGUGCAUGGUUACGAUGAAGACUACACCGUCAUAUCUAAGGAGGGCGAUGACAGAACACUGAAGUGCUCAGCUAUUGAUAUGAAUACUGGCUUACCGAUCGAUAAUGUUGAAUUCACCUGGGAUCUGCGCACUGUGGAUGACCAGCCUCUUAUCAGCAACAAACUGGCCCAACAAGUGCGUGUAGUGGAUGGAGAGUUGCAUCUCAGUGGUUUAAAGACUUCCAGCAAAACAGCACGAGCUCGCUGUCUGGCCAUCAUACCGGAAACAGAUAAAGUACCUGAGAGCGAACCCAAAAAGAAGCGUCCUUUCCACUCCUCUCCAGUUGUUAGAUUCCAAGUUUCUCCUCUAACGGAAGAGGUGCCUACUGAACCAAAGAUUGAUAUAUCAAACCUGAAAAUUGAAGUAAUUGGAAUUUCACCAUCUGGAUCUCUAACUGGCAUUGAAGACGAAAACAAGACACUAGAUUGCAUCGUAACAAACAAAUAUACCGGUGUUCCGAUUGCUGAGGACAUUUCUUUUGGUUGGGUUCUGGCUACCGGACCCGAUAAUCAGCCAUUUGAAUUAAAUCGACUUGCUGAAAACGUUAAAUUCGAAGAAUCUAAGUUAAUACUCUCUGGUCUUCGAAGUACUGGUCAAUACACUGGCGGACUUCGUGGUCAAUGUAUUAUAUAUCCUCUAGGUGGAAAUACAGCAGUUGUUCCCAUGGUGAAAUCUGACGUCUUUGCUAUCCACAUCUAUCCAAAACCUUCUGUAGACUCCAAGGAGCCCAAAGAACCGGAGGAUAGCAAAGAUAAGGGACUUCCGGAUCAAUGGAUUCCUGGUUCAGAACCCAAAGACGCGGUUGUGGUGAUCAUCCACGAGCUGAAUCGAGAUGGUGAAUUUGAGGGUAAUGUAGGUUCUGAAGCAACCCUGACUUGUGUGGCACAUGACACUAAAACGCAAGAACAACUGAAAGUUGGCUCUCCGGGAGAUAGAAUAUCACCUACAUUUGGCUGGGAAGUGCGCGAUGCUAACACAGGAGAAGAGUUGGGCUUCAAUCAGUUGGCCUCGGGUCAAGUGUCAAUGACUCAGACAUCACCAAGCGUUGAUGCUCCGGACGCCAGUGCAGGAAGUAGACUACGUCUAGAAGGUCUCAAAUCAACUGUCGGAAAGUCACUUCAAGGUCGCUGUACAGUCAGUCUUAAUGGCCAACGCUAUCGAUCCGCCUACUUCCCUAUCUCGAUUGGUGGCAAACGUGUUCCUGGAAGCGUUGUGACUGUGGAUGAUAUCCCUGGCUACUAUGGCAAGCCAUUUUGCCUCAAAUGCUUUUAUGCCUUGUUUAAAUUAAUCGGCUUUUAUUCUAAUUUUGGGUGUAUUUCAGAGGGUGAUAAUGCUGUUGCCGUAGUUGUAUCAGGUCUAAAUUCGGACGGAGAAAAGGUUGUAUAUAGCGGAGAAGAUGCUGUUUUAUCAUGCACAGCUAUGAACUUCAAGUCUAAGAUUCCGCUGCCUGAUAAAUCAGUGUUCUACGGGUGGAAAUUUGUGAAUGCUGAAGGCCACGAGUUACCGCCUGAACGACUAGAGUCUAUUAAGGCAGAGGGUAAUACGCUGACCUUGACAAAGGUGACCUACACAACCGGUGAAGGUGGUAAUCCUGAGCCAAUCUAUGGUUGGUGUGUGGUCGGUGUGAAACACCAAACUGGUCUUCCCGGUCUCCGGCAUUAUCGAUCUGAUACCUUUACCGUUCAUCCUAAUGGCGAGGGAGCUGGAGAGCCUGUGAUACCUGAUAAACCUGAUAUCAGAGUCAGUGUGUCAAAUGUUGGAGGAGAUGAAGAUUUCCUUAUUCGUGCUGGAGAAGAUAUCGAAAUGCAGGCUACUGUUACUGAUUCAAAGACAGGCGAAAAGGUACCUAAUGAUAGGGUAAGAAUAGGCUGGGAAUGGACUGACGUUGGCGGUGCACGACCCAUCAAUUUGGGAGAAUUUGCUGCAGGAGGUGAAGAGUUGACACCAGAGGGUGGCUACAAUGCCUAUGAAGUGAAUCUUCCACAACCCGUGAGAGGACGUGCAGUUGUGACUUAUAGUUUACCCGAGGAGGGCAAGGAAUGGCGUUACACUUCACCCUAUUUCUUCCUCUCUCCUGAUCGUGAAGGCGAUGAAGCACCUAGGGAAAUCCUCUUUGAUGAAGCUAAUGACAAGAACGUAAUUCUCAAAAUCACUGGCUUGAAUGACAAGAAUCAAUUCGUUGUUCCCAAGGAUUCUGAAGGUUCAAUCACAGUUGAAGCCCAAGAUGCUACCUCUGGUACUGCACUAACAAAGGAGACUGAUCCUGCAAUAAUUGGAUACGGUUGGGACGUCACAGACGUCAAUGGUCUUCCCACACAUAGCGGUAAUCUAGCCGAUCAAAUAAAGAUGGAUCCAAAUACAGGCAUAUUGUCUAUCUCAAAUCUCAAAACAGACGGCCAAAAGGUACUACUGAGAAUGACUGCUCUUGUUGAAACGAACAAAACAGUGGGAGAGAAGAUAGUGACAGAGCGCAAGCGUUACAAGUCCGAUUCCAUUCCACUGAUUUCGGAAGGUGACACUUGGCCAGAGGAGUCAGGAAUGGACAUAAGCGGGAAGGACGUGACUGUCAGCAUUGAAGGUUUGAAAGAAGGCAAUCUCGUUGUGAAUCCGGGUGAGAAUGCAGAACUGAAAGCUGUUGUUAAAGUGACUCUAACUUCAGAAGUUAGGGAAGUUUAUAAGUCCGACCAAGUUAGACUUAGAAAUCGCUUGGCGAAACUAAAGAUCUUUUUAAGGUCUGAUGAAGUAGAACGGUUUUCACCUGUUGAGAAGCCAAAAGUUGAUUUGGAAAAUGUACAUACAACACGAGUGUCAAAUUGCAAGGGGAAGGAAGAAGCUAGGAGAGACUCCUCAGGAGCUGAUGUGGAGGCUAAUGGCUACUCCUGGUCAUUCAUUGAUCGCAACGGCUUCCCAGUUCCCCCAACUUUAAUCUCUAAGGGCAUGGAGGAAACCAAAGAGGGUGGUCUCAAACUCAAUGUCAUUCAGCCGUCUGCAAUUACUGAUGAGGUGCGCGGUCGUUGUCGUGUUGCUAUUGAACGCGAAGGAGCCAAGGGUCCCCAGUAUUACGAGUCUCCGUGGUUCCAAUUUAAAUCACCUGUCGAAGAUAAGAAUGGAACAUCUGAUGUGUCCCCUGGUGAACAAGAUUACGGGUUUACUUUAAAGAUCAAAUCUGAGUCGAGUGUUCUCUAUCCAAGGAAGGAGGGAGACAUUGUCAUGGCCCGUCCACAUCUUCCACUUGAAUUGAACUGUGUGGCCGAGUAUGAGGAAGGCGUGAGUCCACGACUGUCAGACACUGGAGCACUAAUUCCACAACUAGCCUGGUACUACCGACGUCCUGAGUUACUUGGUGAUGUGCCAAUUCCAGCUGAACUCUUCCGAGUGAAUCCAGGCAAGCUGCAGACCCUAGUGAUUAGUGAAGUGGAUGAUCACACCAUUCGAAUCUCAUCUGAUCACUACGAUUUCCGUGACGAUGUCGCUGAAUUCCAAUGCCACGCUAUGGAUGGUGAUAAGCUACUGACGACACAGACCGUUUUCAUUAACCGCGUGAAAGAGCUUAUCCGAGUACAAGUUUUUGACGAGAAAUCCCGCACAGCAGUUUAUGCUUUGGAGAACACAAAAUCAACUCUCUCCUGUUAUGUUGAAGAUGAAAUCUCCGGAGGUAGAGUAGAACCACUGAGUUACAAAUGGGAGAUAAGGGAUCCGAAAUUGGGUUGGGAUGAAGGCAUCCAGUCAGGAGGAAUCGCCACUCAAGUCACUGGCGUAAACAGUAAGGACCUUGUUCUAGAAGGCCUCGUAGUCGCAAAGAACGACCCAGUUUCAUCAUCUUAUCAAGUUCGUUGUGUGGCUCAGUACAAUGAAACAUACUUUGUGGUGUCGCGAGGCUAUGCCGUCAAUGUUCACAGAACUCCAGAAUUGAAGGCCAUUCGACUGAUUCGUGAGAAACCAGAGCAACAGGAGCUGACUGGUGAACCUGCCAAGGAUAUCUAUGAUGCUGGCACCGAUUACCUCUUAACUUGCAAACCAGAAUUCUUUGCGGGCGAAACACACGCUGUCUGGGAGAAGUAUAAUGAGGAAUUUGAAGAGUGGGAAGUUAUCUCACCGCCAAUGGAUCAACUCUUCUUCGAGAGUGAUUCAACUGAAUAUGAAGACGAGGGCCAAUAUCGCUGUCGUGUCAGUCACAAUCUACAAGAUUACGAUUACCAUGUGAUUAAGACACUUGUGUUAGACCUGAGUCGCAUUGCUGGUCCUGCUCCAUCUACAAAGAGUCAACAGACUGUCACAGCCAACCAGCAGUUGAUGCUGCAAUGUGCUGACCAUUCGGCGUCACCACAGGUUGAAGUGGAGUGGUCAUUCAAACCUAGUGGAGAAGCCCCACCCGAAGGCAAAGAACCAAUCGCGCUUGGUAGUUACUUCCAAUAUGGAAGAAAUAGCAUUUUCAUGAUUCCUCCUGGCCAGCUGUUGGAGUCCCAUUCUGGUGUCUACACUUGCACAAGAACGAACGAACAUGGACAGGCCACAACAGAAAUCACCGUUACUGUUAAACCCGUUGUCUAUGAAACAGGCUAUCGCAAGAAAAUUAAAGUUUAG